ACUUCUAAACAACGUUACUAUUUUAAGUUCAUUUAGAAAACGAACUGUUAUUUCUCUAAAAUUAUUAAAAUAACAGGAGAUAUAUAUUGAAAUGACUGAACAAAUAAAAUUUGUCGUGAAAGAAUUGAAUUCAACACUUGGUCGGAACUACGAUCUGAUAAAAUUUGACGCCUUGAACGAGAAGCAAUUGCUGCAACUGUUGGUCGAUUUGCUCGUCAAUUUCAACGCUGGAGAAAAGCUCGAUAUUAAUGAAGACGAACCGGAAACAGUUUCGAUGCGGCUUCUCGAGAUGUUAGGAAGCGUUAAAUAUCGCCCGCCAGCCAACGUCGAACCUACAUACUUCAGGACUCAAUUGUUAGCAGGCGAUGCACGGACCAUCCACCACGUGUUGCACUGGCUGCUAACUAAUAAAGAACAAGUUAAAAAUACCGCUUAUCUAGCUAAAUAUUUAAAAAUUCCCGACAUCCCGACUGAAGUGGCUCGAAAUAACACUAUUCAAGAUAUGUUAGAUUUAUAUCAAAAUCUGAUAGAUGAGUUCAAAGAUGUGCAUAAGAGAACGAGGAUGUUGAGGAAGGAGAGCGCGGCAGAAAUUAUUAAUGAUAUAAAGGAAAUGGCUGUUGAAAGGGACAUUGUGAUAAAGCGUUUAGAAAAUGUUCAAGUGAAUUUAAUUGAUGUAAGCAAUAAGGAGGAACUUUUGAGUGUCAGCAAAGCGUUGAGAUAUCAACAGGAAAAGGCUAAGGAAUUGGACAGUCAGUAUGAGACGCAACAAUCGCAACUGAAGUUGGCUUCAGAUCAAUUGAAGAGGUAUUUAAAUGUAAUCCACGGGCAAAGUGCUACUCCAAAAUCAGCAAAUGAGGCUAUUAAACACCUGCAAGAAGAAAUUCAGCUUAACAAUUAUCUCGUAAAAGAGAAGUUGCCCCAAGAAAUGGCUCAUCUUCAGAAGGAAUUAAAUAUAAUGCAAACAAUUGCUAUGGAACAACAUCCGACGCGAUCUGACCUCGUUUUGGUACAAGAUAAGAUAGCUGUUGUAAAUGGUGAACUCGAACAAUUAGUCCAACGCCGGUUGGCUGCUGCCGGUCCUCAAGAAGACAAAUUGGCGCCAUUCCGCCAGCAAGCGGCUGUCAUCAGACGGAACAAGGAUGCGAGUGCCGCACGCGUGCAUGAACUCGCUGCCACGCUUAAGGAACAUGAGGCUACGCUUGCUGAUCUGCAAUCACAGGUAAGGCAGCUCCUGGGAGAUACAGUACUUAGAGGGGAAGAAUUGAAGAAAUACGUGAAUUCAUUGCGUACAAAAAGCACCGUCUAUAAAAGGCAGCGCGCGAAUCUUUCUACGUUCAAGGUUGAGGCGGGAAUAUUAGCAAGGACUUUACACAUAAUAACAACAAAUGAUCCUACAGUGGAAAUGGCAUUACUUAAUCAUAAAAAGUUAAAAAUUGAAGAUGAUCAAACUUUAGAAAAAGAUGAAAUAAAAUCUGUAGAUUUAAAGAAAAAAUCGUUACAUGAUUUAUCUCAGUUGGUUGCGCAAACUGCACAAAAAUUAUCGCAAGUACGUCAAGAAAUUCAACCCCUUGCAGACAAAAUAAAACCCGUAAAAGAGGAAUUUCAAUCAGUUCAACAGCAGUAUGAACAAAAAAAGCGAGUCUAUGAAGCAACUUCCAUCAAUAUAACGUCUCAAAUGGAACCCCUCAAGAACCAAGUGAAGGAGUUGACUGACCAGUUAAGCAAUAAAGAGGAUGAAUGGAAAAACUUGAGACAAAGAAUAACAAAAGCGGAAAGUUUGCAGGAAGUUGUGAUGUUUGAAAUGAAAAAUUCUAUGCAGUCUCCUAGGAAACCAUCGAAAAUGGAAGCUUUGAAGAAAAAAGUUGUUGAUGUGGAACAAAUAGUGAAGAACUUGGAAGAGGAACAACGUGUGAUUAGUUCUCGUCAAGGGGAGGUUGAAGAACAGACUCGACUCUGGGAGAAUACGCUGCAACUCCUGCGUUGUAAAGCACGCGCACGCAACGAGCCUGCCGCGGGUCAGGGUCGUAUGCAUAUCACUCAGCAUUCUCAAAUGCUCACACUUACUUGAAAAAUUGGUUUUAUAAUCUUUUACGAACCCGCACUAUUAAACUGGCAAAGUCUAAAAUACAAUAUAAUACUUAAAUAUUA